AUGGAAGAAUACGAAAUUACCAGUCGAAUCGCUGUUGCUAGACGAGAUGCAGAAGCACUCAAAGAACGUAUAAAACAACGAAAAGAUGCUUUAUCAGAUACUACAUGCAAAAAUGAGAUGGCAAAGGAUAUUGAUUCUCUGCCUCGAGUAUUAAUGAAGAAUCGAAAGGCACUCAAAGGCCAUCUCGCAAAAAUAUAUUCCAUGCAUUGGGCUACAGACAGACAACACCUUGUGUCGGCCUCUCAGGAUGGAAAACUUAUUGUGUGGGACGCUUAUUCAAGUAAUAAGGUGCAUGCCAUCCCUCUAAGAUCUUCAUGGGUCAUGACAUGUGCCUAUAGUCCUUCAGGAGAUUUCGUGGCGAGUGGUGGGUUAGAUAACAUUUGUUCAAUCUACAGCCUCAAAAUUCGUGAAGGACCAGUCCGUCCAACACGCGAACUAUCUGCCCACACAGGCUAUGUCAGUAGUUGUAGAUUUAUAGAUGAUAGGCGUAUUUUAACAAGCUCGGGUGAUAUGAGCUGUAUGUUGUGGGACAUUGAUGCUGGCGUAAAGACAGAGAGCUUUGAUGAUCACACAGGAGACGUGAUGAGCCUUUCCCUUAGUCCAAAUCCUAAUGUGUUUGUCACUGGAGCGUGUGACGCUACAGCCAAAGUAUGGGAUAUCCGAGCAGCUCAAUGUGUCCAUACAUUCUCAGGACAUGAAACUGAUAUCAAUUCCGUCCAAUUUUUUCCAAACGGCGAAGCGUUUGUAACUGGAUCCGAUGAUGCUACUUGUCGACUAUAUGAUAUACGAGCCGAUUGCGAAUUGAAUGUUUUUACGCAUGAAUCUGUUCUGUCAGGCAUUACGUCGAUUGAUUUUUCUAUUUCUGGUCGACUUUUGUUCGCAGGCUAUGAUGACUAUAACUGUCAUGUUUGGGAUACUCUCAAAGGCGAGCGGGUGGGUGUAUUGACAGGUCAUGAGAACCGGGUUUCGUGCCUAGGAGUUUCUGGUGACGGAACAGUCUUGUGUACGGGUAGCUGGGAUGCAUCUUUAAAGGUAAUUAAGGCUAAUUGGUGA